GCGCUUGGCUAUUGUCCCCGGAAGUACAACAAUGCACGUGUAGCAUUUGACAACCUUGAAAGCUAAACCUCAUCUAUCUCACAGUUUUGACUGAUCCCUCAAACCCCUCCGGCGAUGCCUGUUACCAGAAUCCUACACCCCAUCUACCAGUUGGGAAACCCCCAGCUGAGGAUCUUCAGACCCAACUGGUUCCUGACUCUGGUGAGGCCGGGAAGAGAACAACCUCCAGACACCGUCCAGUUUCGCAUUCCGAUGGACAUGACAAAAUGCGACGUGAAGAACUACUUGGAGAAGAUCUAUAACGUCCCAGUGGGGGUGGUCCGCACCAGAAUACAGUUUGGUUCCAACAAGAAGAGGAAUCACCUGAACCAGAAGGUUAAGAAGCCGGACUACAAAGUAGCCUACAUUCAGCUGGCACAGGGCCAGACGUUCACCUUCCCCGACAUCUUCCCAGAAAAGGACCGGACGCCAGAGGAGGGCUCGAUGGAGGAGAUGCAGGAGAAGUUCAUGGAGGAUGAGAAGCAGAGGCAGAAAGGCGACCCCCGGAGGGGCGGCGUCACCGAAUGGUUUGGACUCUGAGGCCGGGACGAGCGCGCACCUGGGCGUCGAUCCGUCGGGAAGUCACCUCUGUUUCCACACGAAACACAGCAAGUGUGGAGUCAAGAGAGCAGAGCAUGUGUGUGGGAGAUUGUCGACAUGUGUUUGUGUGUGUGUGUGUGUGUGUGUGUGUGUGUGUGUGUGUGUGUGAGGCUUAAGUCCAGUAACCCGAGCCAGAACAGAAUCAAAGAGGAGGAGAAUGGCCAGACUCCAUGUUCGAUGAAACCAGCCCACGGUACAAACCUCCGUCACCUCAGAUGACCUCCUCUUCUCUUCUUCCACUCCUCCUUUUUGGCACCGGCAUCUCUACACCUCCUUUUGUGUUUCCUCAGGAGUUUGCUUCUUGUCUGCCUCCGCUGUAGUCCGACUUCUCCCAGUCGCCUCUGCUCUUUUUUUUCGCAGCCUGUGCCCCGGGCGGGAGUGCUGUAGUGCGGUAUCCCUCGCAGCCCUGACGCUCCGCCAGUUAGACCUGACUACCUGGACAGCCCACGUCGUUUCCUCUUUUAUGAGUUCGCCUCGGAUUAAUUGACCACUUUGGGUAAACAACAAUUGAGACGUUGUUUCAGCAAAAGCAAGUACAGGGAAUUUGCAGGAGUGUUACAUUACAGGGUUUUCUGGUAGCGCCUCGGUCUCAGCCCCUCGCGUGCGGGAAUCGCCAGUGAAUCUGUCUCGUUGUGCUUUUUAAGUAACAACUAAUAAAACGGUCACUUGUCCAAACUGCACUCUGCUUGCUUGUCCUUGUGUCCUCCCACCCCCCCCCACAGUCCGUCUCAUCCCUCUCCACCGCCGAAAAACUGGCACUUCCAGACGCCGUUCGCCACACAAGUUGGCCUGUGCGAGUGCCAGCGUGGUCUGGUAGCUGUUUUGACAAAGUAAUGAUCUGUGUUUGAAUCGGGCCAGUCGAGGACUGAGCGCUCUUACGGUAAUAAAGCCCAUAAAGGGGGAGGGAUCGCUCAGACCCUCCAUUAUGCUGAGAGGCCAAGGUUACAGUAAGUGUCCCCCAGCCGUGACCACUAAUGCUAGCUGGCUAAUACAAAGGUCCAGUCCCUGACCUCACCCAGCCAACUCAUCUAUCACUAAGGAGAAUGUCAAUAUUGAUCCUGUUGGCCCAUUGUCUGCUGCCUGGAACAACUCGCCCCCUGCGUCGCUAUAAAGCAAUCUGAUUUGGAACAAAACAAGCCCCCAGUUCCACAGUUCUCUCUCUGCCUUGUUCUCAGUUUUUCACUUUCUUCCCCCUCCUCUUUCUCAGCUCCUUCUCUCUCUCUCUCUCUCUCUCUUUUCCCCAGUUUG